AAAUCCUGUACCAAAACAUCGAAGUUUACAAAGAAAAUGAAUUUUUAAAAAAAUAAUGUAGUAUAAAAUGUUGCACACAGGAUAGUCUAACAAUAUGUUGACGUUGAGGUGAUAAUUCAUGAUUACUGUAUUUAGUACAGCAGGUAGGUAUAAAGGAGUGAUUUUGUCCAUAAAGGUGUCAUACAAGCGGGCAGAGGUGCAGCAUUUGAUUCCGGCUCCGGGAUUUGCAUGUUCUCACCAUGCCUGUAUGGGUUUUCCCCGAGUUGUCUCUUUUCCUCCCACAUUCCAAAAACAGGCAUAGCAAGUAAUGGAACACGAAAUUGUCCGUAGGUGGUGGGUGUGGAUGGUUGUUCGUCAAUGUGUGCCCUGCGAUUGGCUGACAAUCAGUUUGCGAUGUACCGUUAUGUGUCUACUGCCCGAUGAGCUGAGAUAGGCUCCAGCAAGCUCGCGACCUCGGAUGGAGUUUGGCUUUUGUUCACAUCAAUUGUUGGGUGCUGCCAACGAGCACUCACACAUUAAAGAUCCCUAGUUGUUACGAUGAAAUACAUGCAAUUUAUAUUCAAAACAGUGAAAUCUAAAUGCACCUGUUUGGCGUCAAAUACUUGUUGGGGUUAAUUAGAUAGUUCCGAUUCUUUGACUCAAAAUUAACUAUUUCCAAUUGCCUUUAACGCAACACGCGUGACGUAGGCUGCAGGAAGUGCUUGCUGAAGUCGCGCUUUUCAGUCAUUUGUUUCCAGUUACACUAUCGUUUCAGCUCUUUUGCACUAUGUUACUUCAUGUAGCUACCAAAAUGUAUUAAACAUUAAUAAAAAUGUAUUUUGAGAGCAACAUUAAGCAGCUCGAUUUGCGUUUGUAGAGAUGGAGGAUCCGCUCAUGGAUCUGGUGCCACCUGAGGAGUAUGUUGUUCUCUGGAGCUUUACUGGGCGUUGCAGUGAAGAGCAGCUUAGUAUCAGCAAAGGAGACCAACUGAUGGUCCAUGCCAAGAUUACCCCAGAGUGGUGGUGGGCUGAGCUGCGAGGGGUCUUUGGUUAUGUACCUGCCAGCUACCUCCGCCAGGGAGCCUUAGAAGAGGAGGAGGACGCAUGGCAGGAUGAGGAGUACUAUUCCACCUAUGGAACACUGAAUCUUCACUUGGAGAUGUUGUCAGACAAGAGCCGCACAGAGACGUACAGGCGAGUAAUCGUCGACAACAGUGCUUCUCUGCACAGGAAGGUUGUCAUGGACCUCGGCUGCGGGACCGGCAUCAUGAGUCUGUUCUGCGCUCAGCUGGCACAACCGGCAGCGGUGUAUGCCGUGGAGGCCAGCUCGAUGGUGGAGCACACCAGGGAGCUGGUGAAGCAGAACGCAUGCGAGGAGGUAGUCACGGUGCUGCAGGGACGGGCCGAAGAGAUCCAACUACCCGAGCAGGUGGACGUCCUUGUGUCCGAGUGGAUGGGCAACUGCUUGAUGUUUGAGUUCAUGGUGGAGUCCGUCCUGCUGGCCAGGGACCGCUGGCUGAGGGAAGGUGGCACGAUGUGGCCCUCGUCCGCAGCCCUCACCUUGGUGCCAUGUCAAGCCCACCAAUACUACAGCGAGAAAAUGGCCUUCUGGGAAAAGCCCUACGGCCUGGACUUCACCCCGCUUCAGCCUCUUGCACUGCAGGAGUUUUUCGCCAAGCCCAAGUUCAGUCAUUUGAUGGAGCCAGGCGACCGCCUCGCCUCUCCUGCCGAUGUCAUCCGUUUGGACAUGCACACGCUGCAGGUGGCAGACCUGGAGGAAAUGCAGGGCAAGUUUCAGUUUCGUCUGGACAAGUCUGGUGUGUUCCACGGCUUCACCGCCUGGUUCAGUGUUUGCUUCAACAGCCUGGAGGAGGGCGGCGCACCAGUGGAGCUGAACACUGGACCUGACUCAGAGCCGACACACUGGAAGCAGACUUUGUUCAUGCUGGAUGAGCCCGUCAGCGUGCAUGCCGCCGACUGCAUUAGCGGAAGCAUUAUUCUGCGAAGGAACCCUGUCUGGAGGCGCCACUUGACUGUCACCCUCUACUGGGACAUCAGUGGCCACACACAAGAGGCGGCCACCUGCCAGGCUGGUAUGAAGAGCUUCCCGAUGUGGCGCUGACAGCUUCUCACCAUCUGGCACAAAUGCUUGCCUGCUAAUUUUCUGGGUCUUUGGGAUCAACCUCCAGUUGAUACAGGCCACUAAGUGGAAGAGGGUUCCCAGAACUUAUACGUGACAUUUUCGGUGACGACAUAGUCACAGGCACGGAUUACAGAACCUUAAAAGUCGAUUUUAGACAUGCAUUUUUAUUUUAUUUUGAAGAGUCUUACAAACUCUUAUGACUACAAUAGUGGAACAUCCACUGAAGAGUCUUACAAAUUCUUACAGAUACAAUAGUGGAACCUCCAAAGCUGAUCACAGUCCAUUUAGUCAACCUCGGAUUUUCUGAUUUUCCCCAUGGGAAAAAAUAAAAAUCUAAAUAAUUUCAAAGUAGAAUGUCUGUACAAUUCAGUGAGAUUCCAAUUCGAUUUGAUGCAACUCAGCUCAAGAGGGAAUUGAUGCAAUGAGUCUUUAGUUAUUUUACAAAUAUGAAUGAACCGGUUUACCGAUUCAACACGUUUUUUGUUACGCUUCUGUUUACCGCACAGUACUUUGGAAAUGUGUAUCAUAAAUUUGAAGAAAUUACCUCAGGAAGCCAACACAAGAUGAUAUGAGACAUUGGUACAAAAAUGUGAAUCAUUUUGACAAAAAGCUCAGUGUUGAAAAUUAGUCCUACCCAUUGUCAAUAGGUCAUAUCCAACGUUCUAAAUGUCAAGUUAAGAAGAAACCUCAAAGUUAUUAUAGAAGUUACCGGAAAGGUGCAAAAAUUUGCCAGGGGUGUCAAUUUUAGUUUUUUUUUUUUUCAAACUGCCCCAAAACUACGAAACUUGUAAUGAAUCUUCAGUAACAUCUCCCCACAUAACACUGUACACACUUUUGCCUUGUCAUUUCUAGCGAAAAGCCAUUCAACAAAUAAAAACGGCUUG